AUGGCCCGACAUGAUGCCGUCUGGAAGGUCUAUGAGGCGAUUGUUAAUUGCUCUGGAAACACAUCUACAGCCGGUGGAACACUUCUGUUCUUACCGAGUCCGUACGAGGAUAGCAACCAGCAGGAAUGGACUGCAAUGGGACGAGUGUGCACGGAAUUUGUACGUUUCAUGACCACAUCAAACCGAGGGUUCGAGGCCGCGGUGAGAGACCACUACACGACAGUCCUGGAAACCGCUCCGUAUACACAACCUGCAAUUUGCCUCGGAACGGACCCGCGCUUCAAGAGGACUAUCCAAAGACGGCCAGAGUGUCUUGUACCUGGAGAAGAUGCGUGUGGCCAUGAGCGACAUUCUCAGACUGGAAGAGUUCAAAGCAGCAUCGGACCAGCUCAAGGAGAAGUGCCGGAAAGAAUGUAUUUCGUUCCGACCCCUGGUGGACCCCCACGCAAAGAGAGAGCUACAUCUCAGGAGGAAGCAAGGACUUCUAAAACAAGGAGAGCUUUACCGUGUACAACACAUCCUUAUGGUGCCGCUAGAGGAGCAUCUGAAAGCACGCACAAGGUGGGAAAGGAAGGGACCUUCGUGCCCGACGGGCAUGUAAUGUAUAUGACUAUUGUUAUGGUAAUUGUUUUUUAUUGUUGUGUUGUUUUGUAUUAG